UCAAAAGACCGCCAAAUUACGCGCAUUCAGGAGAAAGACCAACGGAUGAUGAACAUGUUCGCCCUUGUCGAGUGGAAAGAAGAAACGGAUAAUGAAAGUUGGAGCAUUGUUCCAACGUCACACAUAAAAAACUUCGAUAAUAAUGAUUUCUUAGACGGACUGGAUGACACAUCCGUAUAUUUAAUUAAGUGGAGAGGAGGACUGAAGAAAAAACCUAAAGGCGGAUGGCCUUUGUACGAGGCAACGGUGCAUAAAAUUGCAGAGAAACAGUGCACCCUAGAAAAACUAAUGAGGACACAACGUCAGUCCAGUCCAAAACUUCUGAGCAAAAGAAAAUGCAGGCCAAACCCUAAGUUUGUUGAAGAGGAGACCAGCAAUGAUGGACCAUCUAGCCCCAAAAAGAGGCAAACUAGUGAUGGAAAUUUGGACAGGGAGCUUUUGGAGAAAAUAAAAUUACCCCAUGGACCUCGAUUCCCUUCAGCUACAACUUCAGUUGUUCCACCUUCACCUACCUCACCAUCUUCUGCCUCACCACCGCUGCCUAACUGUCCACCUACACCACCAUCAGCUCCAUCUUCACCUGCCUCAUCAUCGUCUGCUUCACCUCCACCUACCUCACCUUCUUCUGAUCCUCCUUUGCCAGACAUCAUAGCACAAUUAAAGGCAGAAAAUGAAGCCCUCAAAAUGGAAUUAGAGAAUCUAAAAACAAAUGUUGUCAGUCAAAUGCCAAAACUCCUCAGUAUAAUGUGCAAGCUGGGGGAAUGGCUUGAAGGGAAGGAGCAGAGCCCACAGAAACAACUGGCAUCACCUUCCACCAUACAGGAAACUCUUGAAAUUCACCCAGGCUCAGGAGUUUGUGUGACAAAAAAAUGUGUUCUGGUCAGCUAGCCAUGCAAACAGCCCCACUACCAUGGCACGGAUGCUUCUCCUUGGAGUAUUUGAUAUUGAGACACUUCUAAAGAGCAAUCUCAGAGGUGGCAAGUCCAAAAAUGCAAGCCCUGGGGAAACAAAAGUGGCCUUGGACAGAACAAAAAUUGAUGCAAUAAUUAGUAUGUACAUCACUUGGUUAAUUGGGCUCAUUUUUUUUUUUACAGUUGUGUUAAACCAAAUGUGACAAUAAAACCAUCAGAAUUUAUCAGUUUCAUCUUGGUGUAUCAGUGUGAUGACACUUUACACCUGGUUCUGAAUAAUGCCUAAAUUUCAGAAACAUUCAGUUUAUCUACCUAACGAAGUACGUCCUGUGUUAAUUUAGUGUGUUUUAGGUGAUUAUAAUUUGAAUGUCCUUAAAUAAAUGUUUUAAAACUAAAAUGUUCAGUUUUAACUAAACAUAAUCAGUUCAAUAGUUGUGUGUUUAGUAGUUUUCUAAU